CAGGCCGGCGGGUGAGAGAAAUCGACAGAAUAGUCGCAGCGGCGGACGGGAGACGACGGGAAGAAGAGAGGAAGGGACGCAUAAUGAGAGAAGAAGGAGAAACCCAUUCCAGCUGUGUUUCUGUAACAAACAGAGCCGUGAGAACUUCUUCACACUGAGGGAUUUUCCACGGCACACCGAGGGAACAAACAUUUACUUCUGACAUUCUUCUGUCAGCGUUCGCUGUUUAUUUUUGAGCAAACAACUAGUUGCACAUGUUGAUGGGACAGAAAUAGCACCAGGGUUUCAUUGGAUAAGAAGUCUUUUUUGGGUUUGUUUUGUGCAUCAGAAGCUUCCUUCAGCUUAUCAUUUGAAGACAAACAUGAGCGUGGACAACUCGACUCUGCUGGACAGCUUGUUCCAUCCUCCCGUCUGCGACGGCUGGACGAACAACACAGAGGGAGCCAUCUACCAUUUGGGCAACACCAUGCUGUUUCUGGGCUACAUGGGAGGCAGCGGGGCCUAUGGGUGCCUCUUCAUCUUCGGCUUCCUGGCUCCCGCCUUCGUGUGCCUGACGGUGUGGGGCUGGCUGACCAUGUGCGGCCUGGACGUCUUCACCUGGAACCUGCUCCUGCUGCUGGUCUGCCUGGUUCAGAUCUGCCACCUGCUGUUUCGGCUGCACCAGGAGGGCAUACGCAACGAGGAGCUGACCUCCCUCUACCAGGCGGUGUACCUGCCGCUGGGCGUGCCUGUCCAGGUGUUCAAGGAGAUCGCCAGCGCCUUUGAGAACAAGGUGGUGGAGCUGAAGGCAGGAGAGACGUACGCCGUGGAGGGCAAGACGCCCAUCGACCGGCUCUCCUUUCUGCUGUCUGGGAGGAUCAACGUAUCUUUGGAGGGACAGUUCCUGCACUACAUCCACCGACACCAGUUCCUGGACUCUCCGGAGUGGGAGUCUCUCAGACCAAACGAGGAGGGAAAGUUUCAGGUGACCAUGACAGCAGAGGAGGACUCCCGCUACAUCUCAUGGCGUCGCCGCCGCCUCUACAUGCUGAUAUCAAAGGAGCGCUACAUCGCCCGCAUCUUCUCCGUCAUGCUGGGCUACGACAUCGCAGAGAAGCUCUACAACCUCAACAACAAGCUCUACAUUAAGAGUGGCGUGCUGCUGGACAUCCGCCUGCCCAGCCUCUACCACGUGUUGGCCCCCUCCUCGCAGGGCAGCGGCAGCGGAAGCGAAGGCGGCAGCGGUAAGGAGCAGCAGCAGGGCGAGGACCCGACACCGGCCGACCACUUGUCCGAUCCAGCCAAGCCUCAGCCCCCCCACCUGCAGGGACCAAGGAAGACCACCCUGGAUGAACCGCAGCGCGACCGCUAUCAGCACCCCUGGGCGUCUGACCCCGAGCUGCCCACUGGAGGUGAUAGUGACGGGAAUCUACCGCCUCGAUUCCAGAGGGGCAGAGCGCCGCUGGCUCCGACCGACACUCCCAAACUGUGAGGACAGUCUCUCCUGGAAACACUCUUAUUAUCUACAGUAUAGCAGUAUGAAUGUGUCACAUGUCACUUGAUACGACACUGUCUUCUCCUCGCUCUCUGUUCUCACCUUAGUUCACAUCAUCAGGCUUGAACAUCCAGAAGCUCUUCCUUCUCUGAUACUGAUGUAUUUUAAAAAACAAUAUUUGUUGUGGCUGAUAUUUAUCACCAUAAUAACUUUUAUCAAUUUAAUGCCCGACAAUUGUAGUUUUUUUUUACUGCCUAAAUAUUUUUGGUCAAGAUUUAAAAUCUUUGAAGCACGAUUAUUGCCACCAUGAAGCUCUGAAAUCUGUCUAAAAAAUGUACAGGUGGGGAAACGCUGCAUUUAUUCAUUUUAAAUUAAACUUCUAGAUAUUAUUGACAUUUCAAUGAACAUGGGUUUUACAAAAUCUACAAUUUAUACAAAAAGCUGAGUGACCCAAUCUCCAGAGUUAACACUAGUAUUGUACAUUUCUGCAAACCACAUAUACAUUACAUUUGCCUGUUAGCAUCUAGCAAAUAUGUUGAAACUUUACUUUUUAACAAUGCUGCGGUUAACGUGGUUAAUUUAGGCACAAGAACCACUUGUUUAUGAUUAGGAAAAGAUCAUGCCUGGACUUAAAAUUCUUCUUUGGGGACACAGUCUUAGCAGGAUGUCUGUCCCAGUAGGAAUAGCAGUAUGUUUCGGUAAUUAAAAAAAACCUUUUUGCAGCACUAUUCAGGCAGGACACUCAGUAAUGUCUUUGUAAAAAAACAAUCUGCUGGAAAUACAGCAAUGACUGUUAAAACAUAUCAAGUUUUGCUGGCUGUUAGUCUUGAACAGUGGUCUUUAACCAACACCUCCUGAUGAUAAAGUCGACUCAUAAACUAUAUCACUUUAGAAACAUUUAUAUGACACAUUCGAAACGUGCAGAUGUAACGUAUCUGUGGUUUGCAGAAACAUACAAUGACAACUUUUUUUCUCGUGACAUGGCUGACAUAAAAUGCUCCAAAAGCAUUUAUUUGUUUCUGUUGCAACUAUCAAAGAGAAACAUCAGUCCAAUUAAAGACUUGUGGAUUCUAACAUUUAAUCUUUUAACUGUCAUUUAAAUCUUUAUUAACACCAUCACUGGAACUGAGGACAGACGCCUUCACUUUACCAGCACACUAAAUGUCUGAAAUGUUUUUGUUGUGUAAUAAAAGCAGAUUCUGUAACACUGAAACAGAUGAACUUGGUUUUCAUCUCACUUGUAUUUGAUGUUAAAACUAUGAUUGUUUGUUUUGGACUUCACAUGAUUUAAUGUUGAAUUUGACUUCUGAUGUUUGUUUUUUUUCACGGCUCUUGCAAAAUGUUAUUAAGGGUAGUGAUUUAACUAUGUAAGGCUAAUACUGUACACAUUUAUUUUCUGGAUCUGAAUGACUAAACAACUGCUUGAAAAUACAACAAGCCUUCAUUUUACUCAAUUCUUAAUCCUUUGAAGAUAUGAAAAAUAUUUAGUUUUGUAUACUUCUUGAGAACUUUCCAGACGUGUACGAAUACUUUCGGUACAAAAUCUGCAACUUAGUAGUUUAGAUUUUCUCCAUUUCACUCUCAUGUUUUGUCGGCAUAUUAAGUUUGUUUCUCUGAGUGCACGCUGACUCGAUGCCAAAUUAUUCUGUAGAAAAACCUCUUACAACACCAACGUCUUUUUGAGGAUAUUUUGCCUGUAGAUCAUGUUUUUUUUUAAGUAACUGAGUAUUUAAUACACAUGUGUAUACUGUGAAAUGUGCUAUUUCUCCUGUUACUGACUUCCAAAAUACAGAGAUGGGACUUACUGUACAUGAAGAAGUCAGUGUUUUUUAAAAAAGUAUUUUCAUGGGGCCAAGAUUUCUCCAUAAAGUUCUUUGUGUGCAGUGAAAA